UGUGGUAAUUUUCUUGCAACUGUUGUGGAUAUUCUUACACUUAUUGGAUUUUGUGAGGAUAUUGUUACGGAUGAAAGGCGAAAGGCCAAAGCCUAUUUGAUGUUACAGAGAAAUGAUCUUGGUCUGGUGUGGCUCGUGAAGUCUUCCCUAGAGACUGAAUUUAGCUGGGCAAUGGAGCAGCAGCAACAGGUGAAUAGCUUUGCAGUUGUGUGGAGAGGACAAAAAAUUACUCUUGAGAUGAAUCCGAGCGCCACCUUUAACGAUUUCGGUGAAAAGCUGCAAGAACUCACGAACGUCAAGGCCGAUACUUUGAGGCUGCUUGUUCCCAUCGACAUCACUUCAAAAAUGAUACAUCCCUUUACCAAAGAGCACUCGUCUGUACGUCUUGACUCCAUUUCGUUGCUGAAGGGAAAAUCUAUUAUAAUGAUGGGAGUACCUGAAGAUGAGGUUGAUGAACUCUUACGGAAUGCGAAGGUGGACCUAAGGAUAGCUGGGUUUGAUGAAGAAGAAAGGAGAUUGAAGCAAAGGAGUGGACAUGGGUCAUAUUCCUUGCAGAAACUUCCUCAAGGAAAUUACAUUUUUUGUGAUUUUCGGACACUUAGUCUUCCUGGAAUAGAGUUAAAUCCUCCUGCUUCGAAGGCUUUAGAGUUGCUUCAUAAGCUUGCUUCAGAUCCAGGAAUUAUCGCAAUAAUGAAUAAGCAUCGUUGGCGGGUGGGAAUCUUGACCGAGAUGGCACCGGUUGGGUAUGUUGGAAUUAGCCCAAAGUGCAUUCUUGGUUUCAACCAGGAAAAUACGACACCCAUUCCUGAUCCAAUUGUUGAUAGCAAUCAGAAUGCCCCAGAACCCGAUCCUGAUGAUCGUGAGAACAAAAAAAGUGAGCUACCUGAACCUUUUGUGGAUUCUAGGAUUAAUUCUACCGAACCAAACAAUAUAAAUGUACAAAUCGAAGAAUCUGGAUUAAAUAAUUCUGAGGAGGAACUUCUCAUGCCGCUGAAUGAUUGUCACACAGAGGAUAUGCAGACAGAGAUUGAUCCCGGCCAAUCUGUUUUGAAAAGCCAAACUUCUGAGCCUGAUCCGGAUGAUCCUGAGUUGCAGAUAAUCCAAGACCCAGUUACCGCAGUUUAUGAUCGUUUGCAGAGGGCAAUUCAGUCAUUAAAAUAUGAAGUAAUUCCCCCUGACACUGGGCGGGUACUGCAAACAUUGUUUAAGAUAAUAUGUAAUGUGAUUGAACAUCCGGAUGACGUGAAGUACAGAAAACUCAGAAAGGCUAAUCCAACGAUUCAGAGGAACAUUAUUACUUACAAAGCUGCUGUGGAUAUUUUGACACUUAUUGGAUUCUGUGAGGGUAUUGUCACGGAUGAAAGGGGAAAGGCCGAAGCCUAUUUGAUGUUAAAGAGAAACGAUCCUGGCUUGUUGUGGCUUGCGAAGUCUUCCCUGGAGACAUGCAUAUCUUAG